GCAAUGCAAUCAGCCUCUGGUCGUUUCGAGUGUCAUUUUCAUUCGGAUCGAGUGUGUUGUUAUUAUUGUGAUUUUUUUUUGUUCUUCGCUUCGUUCGUUCAAUAUUCAUUAACAUCAUUCGUGUGUUCGUAUUGUACUUGAUAUAAUAAAAAAAAAAUUGCUAUACAGUACACAUUGGUAUUUUCCGUACUACAUAUAAACGCAUUGCACAGAAAAUAAUAAUAAGAAGAAGAAACAGAAGGGAAAAAAACUGAGCGACCGAACUACCGAAAUAAAAAAAAUUUAAAACGAUAUACAUGGUUUUUGUUGUUGUUGUUCGUGCAUUGCUGUUUCGUUGUACAAUUGCUCAUAAUAUAAAUUUUUACGACAUACAGACAAUUGCUCAAUGCUCACACUCUCAAAAUCAACUGAUUAAUGAGCAGAAACUACGUAGUGAAUACAUUGUCGUGAUACUGGUUCCAACAUGACAUUCAUAUCGUCGGUAUAGAGUGAAAUUGUGUGUGUGAAAAGACUCGUCACUUGGGCGAAAUCAAAUGAAAAACAAAAAAACCUAGUAAAUUAGCAAAUGAAAACAGUAAAAUUGGUAUAACAAUUUGAGAAGGGUCACAGAAGGGAAAGAGCGAUUGUGAAAAUGAGUCGUCAAUUGUGUACGACGUGAGAUCGAUCGGAAGGGCGUUAAGACGACACAGAGAGAAGAAAAAAAGAGAAAACUCUUUCAAUCCAAGUGCACUUUUUACCGCGGAACAAACUUUAUAUCGUAAAAACCAAACCGCAACCAGGGUUGGUUGACACACACGAAAAAAAAAAACAAUAAUAAUAACAAACUUUUGACAAACGCAUUUCCAAACCAAAAAUAAAAACAAGAGAUUUAACAGCGAGUGCGCGCGUAGUAAUAUAAUCAGGGAAAAACACUAGAGAAUUCGACAGAAAAUGUCGUUGCAAAAUAUUUUAUUCUAUAAAUACGAUUAUCACGAGCUGUUUUGAGACCAGAUUUUUUUUUGUUCGUUGCCGCACAGGAGAAAAAUAAAUGCCGACCGUGAAGUUGUUGUUGUUUUGAAGAAGCAAGCAAGCGAGUGAAUGCAUUGGGACAAUUGAAUUUUUGUCUUUUUGGUUUUAUUGUGCCGGAUUUUAAUCGAAACGAAAAAUUUCCAUUUUUGCACCUACAUUUCACGAAAAAACAUUUAUCGCUCGACACGUUGUGAUUGUUUCAAGAGUUUUAUUGCAAUUCAGAGCCUAAUUCAAUAGCCUUAGCAACAAUCGAAGAGAGAGAGAGAGAGAGAGAGAGAGAGAGAGAGAGAGAGAGAGAGAAAACAAAAACAGUACUUGAGACAUUGUCUUUUUUGGCACUAAUAAAAAAGGCGCUCUUUUUUCUUGCGUGUAUCAAAUAUCAUUUUUGGUGUGUGCAUUUUGCGUGAGAGACAAGAACCAACAACGAAAGUUAAACGGAUCGACGGUUGAUGUAGAGCAAGAGAGGUAGAACGUGAUAGAGAGGCGGCUCAAAAGACACAAAACAAAUACGCGAGCGAGAGCAGAAAAUAAAAAAUCAAGGCUAGUGUGUUAUCUGUGCACUGCACCGCAUAAAAGAGACCGCAGUAAAAAAAAAUCACAACAACGUUACUUUUUAUCAUAAUAAUCAUCAUCGUCAUCGUUGUCGUCGUCGUCGUCUGUGAAUCUGUUUGAAAAUAUUGAAGGACAUACGCUGACACAUACAACGUUCGCCUCAUAUCCAUAUAUAUAAAAAACACAAUCAAGACGUAAACUUCACACGUUUGAAUGACUGGCUGCAUGUGAAAUUAGAAAGAGAUCCAAUCGUUAGCAGAAAACCGAAGAGAAGUGAGACACACCGCUCUCGUGCUGCAGAUAUCUUUGGAACGCCACACAUUCAUACCACAAACACACGACAAAAUGGGUAACGGCCAAUAUAAACACGGCAAUCAACGGCAUAAAUCCCAUCCAAAUAUUGCCUCAAUCAAUCGCAAAGCAUCUACAAGUACAACGUCGAGUUUGCACGAAAAAUAUGCAACCAAUACACCGCGCGAUGGAAUGUCACGCACGGCGUCCGGCAGCGAUAUCAACGAAAAAAAUUACUCAUUAUUUUUCCCAUUAGAAAAACUGUCCAAAAUUUUACAUCAGAAAACGCAACACGAAUGUGGCGUCAAUGGGAUUGCACAAGAGAUUUUUGUGAAAUAUGUAUUUCCAAAGUAUCCAGAUUUGGGUGAGCGAAUUUUCCGUAAAAUGCACAAAUUGGCCAAAGCAAAAACGAAGCAUCUUGGUGUGACUGCAUUUCGACAGCAAUGCGAAAUGUAUUUGAGCGUUCUGGAUGAUGCCCUCAUUCAUGAGCAUUAUGUGAAAAUGUUUUUUGCCAACGGCAGCCUAAAUGCGGCCACGGCGUCCAAGGAGAAUGCCGGUGGACAGCAACAGCCAUUGAGCGAUGAAGAAUUGCUAUUGGUUAAUACCAAUGGUCUGACUGAUUUGCUGCUCAUUUGUUUCCGAAUCGGUGUCGCCAAUUAUAUAGCGUCAGCCGGAAAAGCGGAUGUCACAACCAUUUCGGCAGACACGAUUUGCCCACAUAUAAAGCGUACGAUUACCUCGGUCACACAGUCAUGUUUCUUCACAAAAGAUACGCUGAGCGUUGGUUUUGUGUGCCGGUGGCUGGAGAAGAAUUUACCGAAUUUAAUAAUGCCGUUGCAUCGAUUCUGCGUGCAUACACUGACAACGGUGUAUCGAACUAUUGAAGAGGCGGAAAAGGUGGCCACCACAUCACAAAGCUCUGUAACGGGUGCAACAAAUGAAGUGAAUCCACUGUUGUUGGCGCUCAAUAAGGAGCUACGAAAACUUAAUGAGGCGGCUUGCGAACGUGGCACACCCGAAAUCAUUACCGGAAACACAUUGCCCAGCACGGGCGGUCUUGGCAAAUUGAUGCCAUUAUCUCAAUCGUGGCUGUUGGCGGCCGCACUACCAAACGUUUUUACUCGAGUUCAAGAGCGUAAGGCACCAAUCACACCACAACCAAGCGGUAAAUUAGAUAAUCCCGAUGCUACGAUACCAGCUAUUGAUGCAGCCGCCGCAUCACCCAUACCGCAUUUAAUGUCCACAAUUCCAACACACUGGUCACUGUUGUAUGAUUCACAGCAACAUGGUGUCGGUUCAAAUCGAUUUCUGCAUCAUGUUAUUGGCUAUAAAGGACCCACACUCGUUCUACUCCAUUCAGAAACUGAUGAAAUUUUCUGCUUAGCCUCACCGUCCGAGUGGCGCGAAACACAUUUAUACACCGGAACAGAUGAUUGUCAUAUUAUUCAGUUAUUACCAAAGUUUUCGAUUUUAGAAAAAGGACCGAAAUUGCUGUACUUAAACACAUGCAUUCGAGGCUAUCCAAAGGGCUUACGAGCUGGCCCUGACCCAAGAAAACCGCUUCUUUCGGUUGACGAACACUUCGAAAAGAUUGAAUAUCGCAGCGUACCUUCCGUACUGUUUGCGAUUGAGGUGUAUGGUUGUGGUGACCGUCAAAUCCGCGACAUUCAAUUGGAUAUUAAAAAGUGGCAGGUGACAGAAGCGGAGCGACAACGCACGGUAAAAUUAACGUCAGCCGAUUGGAUAGAUCACCCGGAUCGGUAUUUGUUGGAGCUGGGCGGUCGACCACAGUAUAACAAUGCCUAAAAAUCAUCUACUUAAUUUCUCUUCUGCGUUGAGACUUAAGUGUGUGUUUUUUUUGGCUCUUACGAGCGAUACACGAUACACAGGCAUUCACUUGUUAAGUGAACAUAAUAUUUACUUAACUUUUUUUUUUUGGAUUUACUUUAAUAUUAUUAUUAUUUUUUUCUUUUUGUCCCUUAUUAUUGUUUACAUUUAUUCGCCAUCUGUUUAUUUUUUCUGUCAUUCUAAUUUUAAUUUAUCCUUCAAAACAAAACAAAAUACAUAUAUUCAUGUACUUAUUUUA